CCCUAAAAAGGUCCGAGGAAAUGAAGGUAUAAAGUAAAAAUCCUGUCACCGUCCCACUGAGCUCAGCUGCUGCUGUAGAUCGACAGAGGGAGACUCUUUGGCUUCUUCUUUCAUUGUUUAAAUUCUAUGGUCUUUUGAGUGAAUGGCUUCAUCUCUUUUCGCAAGGACUCUCCUGGGUCAUCGCCUUUUCCACUCUUCCUCUCACUCUCUCUGCCAAAAGCCCCAGUUUUUCACUUCCCUCGUCCACAAGGGAACAGAAUUCUUACGAGCUAAACCUGCCUAUACGAAAUAUAGAACAUCUGCCUGGGUUCCUCAUGUUAUGGCUUCAUCAGUAGCUGGCACAAGAGCUGAUUUUUCAACACAAUCUGUGUCUACAAAUGAGCCUGUUGUUUCUGUUGAUUGGCUCCAUGCUAACCUCAAAGAGCCUGAUCUGAAGGUGCUAGAUGCGUCUUGGUACAUGCCCGAUGAGCAAAGGAAUCCAAUUCAAGAGUAUCAGGUUGCUCACAUUCCUGGUGCACUUUUCUUUGACGUAGAUGGAAUUUCAGAUCGCAAUACAAAAUUACCGCAUAUGUUACCAUCAGAGGAAGCAUUUGCUGCUGCUGUUUCUGCUCUUGGCAUUGAGAACAAAGAUGAUCUAGUUGUGUAUGAUGGAAAAGGGAUCUUUAGUGCAGCUCGUGUAUGGUGGAUGUUCCGAGUAUUUGGCCAUGACAGAGUCUGGGUUUUAGAUGGAGGCCUGCCAAGAUGGCGUGCAUCUGGAUAUGAUGUUGAAUCUAGUGCCUCUGGUGAUGCAAUUUUGAAAGCUAGUGCUGCCAGUGAGGCAAUAGAGAAAAUAUACAAGGGACAAGCAGUUGGGCCCACCACAUUUCAGACUAAGUUUCAGCCACACCUUGUCUGGACUCUUGAUCAGGUUAGAAAAAAUGUUGAGCAAGGAACUCACCAGCUUAUAGAUGCCAGAUCAAAGGCCAGGUUCGAUGGAACUACAUUAGAGCCUCGGAAAGGGAUAAGAAGUGGUCAUGUACCUGGAAGCAAGUGCAUUCCUUUUCCUCAGUUGUUGGAUUCUUCAGGGACACUCUUACCAGCAGAUAAGCUGAAAGCCCGAUUUGACAAAGAAGGCAUCUCCUUGGAAAGCCCUGCCGUAACUUCAUGUGGUACUGGUGUAACAGCUUGUAUUCUCGCAUUGGGUCUUCAUCGACUUGGUAAGCCUGAGGUACCAGUCUAUGACGGAUCUUGGACUGAAUGGGGUGCGCAGCCCGACACACCCAUCGACAGUUCUACAGAAAGUGUGUAACGAAGCGGUAUUGCCGGAAACUUGUAUCACAAUUAAAACAUCCGGUUACAAGUCAUGCUGUUGAAUUGAAACCUGUGUUUUUCGUUUAAAAUCUCAACCUCUUAUGUCCUCCUUUGAACUGUAACGAGUUUCUUGUGUGACACGUGAAUCAAAGCAGCAGAUUGAAGGGGUUUAUUUCAAGUCGAAAACCUUGUAAUCAUCCCUGGCUUGACAAAGUAAAUAAAGUUCUAUUUCCAUAUU